AAUUAAAUUAGCAUGAAAUUCUCAUUUGAAUUGUAAGUAUUUAAGUGUCAUGUGAUAGAUCGGAUAAUACUCAUAAAGUGAUAGGAUUUGUUUGCUCGAAUAUCGUUGAGAUUGUGUUGUUGGCCUAUUAUGCUUCUAUCGAUUUGGACCUCUAGUAAUUAAACAUAUUUAGAAUAGUAAAAAUACUGGUUAUGAGAAUGAAUUCUCGGCUUUCAAAGGCUUAUCUGUAACAGGAAGUCUUUUUAUGAUGAUCACUUGGUUUUUAUAGAUUCUGCUGAUCUACAGAUAUAAUUAAAAGAUCUUAUACCUGAUUUUUGCAGUUAAUACCUUUUCUAUUCUAAUAUUGUUGAUUGGAAUGGGAAUUGGAUCAGAAGCGGUAUUUUACAUUCUUUAUGAUUUCAGUUAAGGAGAGGUACAAAAGGGUACACAACCUAUAAUGUUCCAGUGGCAUUUUGGUUCAUCCAAUUGAGUCUGUACAUUAUGAGUUUAGUGAACUUGCAUAAUUUCAAACAACAAGAAGGAAAUGAAAAGAAGGACGAUAAAACUCAAAAGAAAGAGGAAACUGAUGAUUCAAAGAAACAAGCAUAGAACACGAACACCUAAGCAAAUUAAAGUUAAGUAGUUAUGAUGGGAAACAAUGAAUCUCAAUUCACUCAAUAACAAUAAGUUGUAUGA